AUACCAAGAGGAAAAUGUGUGUUUCUAUAAAUGUUUUAAAGACCAAAUCCAAUUGGACUUUGUGGCUGUGGUAACUACUAGUGCAAUUGGAAACCCAGUAUCUGGCCGAAUGACUGAUCUGGGCAGCAACAAAAUGCCUGCCGCAGUGAUAAUGGGUGAAAAUUAUGAUAAACUUUUAGAGCAGUGCGAAACACAGGAGCUUGAGGCUCCAGGUGGCAUUGCUACCCCUCAAGUGUAUGCCCAGCUGUUGGUGCUCUAUCUACUGCACAAUGACAUGAAUAACGCAAGGUAUUUGUGGAAGCGAAUUCCUCAAGCCAUUAAAUCGGCAAACCUAGAACUGACGGCCGUAUGGGCCGUGGGUCAGCGUAUAUGGCAGCGAGACUUCCCAGGGAUCUACUCGGCCAUCGCAGCUCACCAGUGGUCUGAGAACAUCCUGCCAGUCAUGGAGGCCCUGAGAGAGACCACUCGUCGGAGGGCGUAUGGCCUGGUGGCCCAGGCGUACACCUCCAUCAUGGCAGAAGACUUUGCCGCCUUUGUGGGCUACUCCGUGGAGGACGCUGUGAAGGGGGUGGUGAGCCAGGGUUGGCAGGCAGACCCUGCCACCAGGAUGGUAAUGCCCCAGAAGCCAGAUCCUCCCCCUGUAUCGCUGGUUCCAAAUGAGCAGCAGCUGGCCAGGCUCACUGACUACGUGGCUUUUCUUGAGAACUGAUACAUUUCCUUCAGCUCUGUUUGUCUGCCAUGAGGAGAACACCAGAACGCCCCUUUUCCCAAGCUUAGAUGGACACACACACACACGCAGGACCUCAAACUGACCCCCCUUGUUCAUGAUUGUGGUCAUGUCUUUUGUGGGGUAAAACUCAUUUUGAAUGGCUGGGCCUGGCUCCCCAGUGGGUGGGCCUGACUCCCCAGUGGGUGGGCCUAUAUUCCCUCCGAGGCCCACACAUGGUUGCGCCCCUGCUCAGUCGUGAAAUCCAUAGAUUAGGACCUAAUGAAUUUAUUUGAACCUCAGUAUAAUCUUUGUUGCAAAUUGAUAUUUUUGCUCAGUAUACUAUUUGAGUAUGCACCUUAUCGCUACAUGCAUUUAUAAGGUUUCUCAAAAGAGUGGAGUGAACCUGAUCAUAGUAAGACACGGAACUGCAUUUUACCCAAUACCAAAUAUAUAAAUAGACCUAUUUAUGUAGACUCCCUGAGCACUUAAGUUAUCCCUCAAUAGAAAUUCUUCAGGUAAGAGAUGACUCCAGGUUAUUUAGAAAAUGUAGGCCCUUCUCUCCAACAACACCCUUCCAUCUAUAGACUUUGCCUUUGAAUUACUGUUUGUGUUUUGAGUCGUGAAUAAAUGCUAUGGUUUGUUUCUAA